AUCGAUUAGAACGGUAGGCACUCGGGUGAUUCAUGCUUUGGGACGUCUAAGGGCGAGUAUAAAAGCACUUGACAUCAGGUCUUGUAUCAUCAUUUUUCUUAUUUCUCUUGCGAAGUAGAUUAACCUUCCCUGGAAAAUGGUGCACACUCUAAACCCAUGCACUGAUGGCAGCGCCGCCUCGUGUGGGGUCGCUGUGCCACAGCCCAUUGCUGAGAGCUGCAACGAGCCCUGUGUUCGGCAGUGUCCUGACUCCAAGGUGGUGAUCUACCCUCCGCCGGUGGUUGUGACCUUCCCAGGACCAAUCCUCAGCACCUUCCCACAGCAGAGCGUCGUGGGAUCUGCAGGAGCCCCUGAAGUUGGGACUGGCUUUAGCGGUGCCCCUGCUCCUGGGGCUUCCCAUGUUUAUGGUGGUGACAGAUGGGGAUUUGGCUACCCAACGGGAAGCUGUAGACCAUGCUAGACCUCGUGAGAGUUCCUUCUUGAAAGAGGAAUAUCCUCUUUCAGAGUGUGUCAAGCAGGAUGUAGAUAUGUGGCUGAGCUUUUAGGGCUGCCAUUAAACGUGUGUGUAGAUGCUCAAAUCAUCUGAAAAAUCCAUUUAUACCCUACUCACCCUUCCUGAUUUUCUUUUUCUAGUGCCUUCCUGUCUUUCCAAGAGCUUUGUUCUCAGUGCUAUGGGCUGUGUUGCUGAUUCCCUGGGGGCUUAUAGGUGUCACUAUGGCAAUGUAAUUCUAUGAAAUCUAUUUUAGAUCUCUUUGGAGGCUCUUUCUGUGGCUAGGGAUGUAGAAAAAGGGUCACGGAGCCAACCAGUCUCCCGUCUGCUGCUGUGUUCUCUGUGCCUUGCUACGGUCUGGGCUGGGUAUCAACACUGAGCUGCAACAGGGAAGCGCCAUCAGUUAUUAGAUGAAUCAUCUUGCGUCAGAUCAUAGGUUGCGGGCAAUUUGUAAUCUGUACUAUGUAAUUCUGCCUCUAUGAACUGCUUGUUUCUUACUAAACAUGACCUUGCACCAUGUUAUUGGCCUCUAUGUGUGUGUUCCCGUCUGUGUGGGUUCCCUUCUGCUUCUCCUAAUUGAGGUGCCUUUGUCCUGCUGUACUGAGCUGAUCCCAUCACUCUGCUUCAGGACAGUGAUAAUCUUGAGAGAUUUGGCAGCGGUUUGUGUGUUCGCCUCCUUUUCACAGCAACCUCUUUGCUGUAUCUGCCUCUCAUUAAACUGCUGUCCCAUCCCUGGAGGUGUUCAAAAGGGGUUGGAUGGGAUUUAGAGCCCCCUGAUCCAGUGGAAGGUGCCCCUGCCCAUGGCAGGGGGGUUGGAACUGGAUGAACUUUGAGGUCCUUUCCACCAGAACCGUUCUAUGAUCUUGACUUUCAUGGUUUCUGGUCUUGCUUAUCCUUGAGGAGCUCUUGUGUCCUCAGCUUCUGCAUCUUGGCAGUGAUAAAGUGGAUCAGAACAGAGGUGCAUGGAGAAUCUGUGUUACUGAGAAGAAUGUGAGGCCAAGUGUUGCACGACAGCAGAUGUUUUUGAGUGUAAAAGUUAAAUUUCUGGCUUUACUGCUCUGUUUGAUGUUUGCAACAUGUGAAAACAGAUGAUGAUGUUCAUGGUAUUCUGAAUUUCUUCAGGAAUGUCUAGCUAAUAAACACUGCACAAACUUU